CUCUCCCACGCACACGGCUGCUUGCCUGUUCGUCUCGCGCUUCGCGCUUCGCGCCGCAUUUCUCGUGUGCCGGCGUGCCUCGCGCUCCUCCGCUCCGCUCCGCGCCGCUUCGUGCUUGGCGGGCUCCAUGACGGUACCACGUGACCAUCCGCCAGCAGCAGCAGCAGCGGACGGGCCAACGGCUCGAGUCGAGUCCAAGAUGGCGACCAUGGUGGGAGGAGCCUCAAGACUGAGCCCGGACGAAAAGGCCGAACUUUACGAACAGUUUAACACGAUCGACAAGAAUGGCGACGGCACCAUCGACGUGUCCGAGCUCAAGUCGGCGCUGGACAGCUGUGGCUUCAAGCUGCCGGGCUGGAAGGUGCGCCAGAUGAUCGACGAGUACCGCAACAAGAGGAAGUUCGAGACCCAGGGCCGCCUCACCUUCGACGAGUUCGAGCGGUUGUGUACCGACCUGAAGGCCAAUGAAGUCGCCAGUACGUUCAAACAGGUGGUCUCGAAGAAGGAGAAUCUGGAGACGCUGGGCGGCAUGUCGGAGGCCUCCAGCGAGGGCACGACACACUCCGUGCGCCUGGAGGAACAGCUUGCCUUCUCAGACUGGAUCAACUCGAACCUGUCUCAUGACCCGGACCUCAAGCACCUGCUGCCCAUUGAUGCUGAGGGGAAGGCCCUCUACGACAGAGUCAAGGAUGGAAUAUUGCUCUGCAAGAUUAUCAACCACUCUGUCCCUGACACCAUUGAUGAAAGAGCAAUCAACAAGAAAAACCUCACUCUCUAUACUAAACAUGAAAACUUGACCCUGGCACAAACAUCAGCCCAGGCUAUUGGCUGCAACAUUGUCAACAUUGAUGCUCUUGAUCUAGCAAAAGGGAAACCCCAUCUUGUUCUUGGAUUGCUUUGGCAAAUUAUUAGGAUAGGACUUUUCAACCAGAUUACUCUUGAAAAUUGCCCAGGCUUGGCAACUCUGUUGAUGCAUGAUGAACGCAUUGAAGAUCUUAUGAAGAUGUCGCCUGAAGCAAUCCUGCUUCGCUGGGUCAACCACCACCUUGAAAGAGCUGGAACUCCCAGGAGGGCGCACAACUUUACCUCAGACAUUACGGAUUCUGAGAUUUACUCUCAUCUCAUUCGGCAGAUUGCACCAGCCGAUGCUGGCAUUUCCAUGGAGGCUGUCAUGGAGCCAGAUAUGAUGCAGCGAGCUGAGCUGAUGUUGCAACAAGCGGCUAAACUUGGUUGCCGGAGCUUCGUUACUCCCAGUGAUGUUGUGAAUGGAAUCUACAAGUUAAACUUGGCUUUUGUUGCCAAUCUUUUCAACAACCACCCAGGUCUUGACAGGCCUGAAGGUGUCAUCGAUGGCUUGGAGAACCUUGAAGAAAAUCGGGAAGAGAAAACUUACCGUAACUGGAUGAAUUCAAUGGGAGUGACACCCUCUGUAAAUUGGCUGUACUCUGACUUGGCAGAUGGCCUUAUUAUAUUCCAGUUGUAUGAUAUCAUCAAACCAGGAAUUGUCAACUGGACCAAAGUUCAUAGGAAAUUCUCCAAACUUCGUAAAUUCAUGGAGAAGCUUGAAAAUUGUAACUAUGCUGUGGAGCUGGGUAAACAGCUAGGCUUCUCUCUUGUUGGAAUUGCAGGACAAGAUCUUAAUGAUGGGAAUGCUACUUUAACCUUAGCUCUCAUCUGGCAGUUGAUGCGAGCGUACACUCUGUCCAUCUUGACCCAGUUGGCCAAUACAGGAAGCCCCAUCGUUGAGAAAGAAAUCGUAACAUGGGUGAAUCAGAAGCUGGCUGCUGCUCAUAAGACUACUUCAAUCAAGAGCUUCCAGGAUUCAGCAAUCAAGGACGGCAAAGUAGUUUUAGAUUUAAUUGAUUCUAUUAAGCCUGGUGCUAUCAACUAUGAUGUCUACAAGGAUAGUGGUUCUGAAGAGGAUAACUUAGCAAAUGCCAAAUAUGCUAUUUCCAUGGCGAGGAAAACGGGAGCUCGCGUCUACGCCCUUCCAGAAGACAUUGCUGAGGUGAAACCGAAGAUGGUCAUGACUCUGUUCGCUUGUCUCAUGGCCAUGGACUACAUUCCAAACAUGGACUCAAAGCUUAACAAUCAGUAAUUUAAUUCUGUUGUGACUAGACUGCACAAACCAGUGCUGUAUCGAGUGCCACCUGCCUCAUUCUUCAACUUGGAUUCGCUAUCCUUGUUGGCCAUUCAUUGUUUUCAUUUCAUGCACUUGUUUUCAUGUUUAGUGUCACUAUGUUUUAUUUUCUUGGGUUGAGCCCUGUUGAUUGUCAUUUUAAUUUAAGUGUAUAGUGAUAAUUUUGUUUUAUUGGCAACAUAAAUUUCUUACUCAAAAUUUUUAAACAUAGGGGAAUGACAGAUUGUCUUCCUUUUGAAUGGUGCAAUAACAUGGCUCCAGACAGUUUGUGUUUGCAGCAAUUGUUCUACCAAUAUUCCAUUACUCUUAAGAAAUUUUUUAAGGUUGAAAGUUGUCAUUUGUGAAGUCUUGACACUGACUUAGCAGAUUCUUAUGCAGAAAUGUUGGGAGGCCAAUUGCUCACACAUUAACUUGCCUUACGCUCUGUGUUUUCUUUCCUCUUAUGGAAUUUUAUAAAUUUUAUUUAAUAGUUUCCCCAUUAGUAUUGUUGACUUUAUGAUAUGUUUAUAAGUUUUAUUUAGUUGACAUUGUGCUUCUUGGACCUUUAUCAACAGAAAUUCUAUUUAAAAAAUUCUUUUAUUUAGCAAUAGCAUGGAAAUGCAUUGCGAUUUUAAAUUGAAUUUGAUCAAUUGUUAUGGGGGCAUCAGAGAGAGAGAGCCUCAUGCUCUGAAAUUUUCUUCCAUAAGUUAUAUCGAAACCACUGCUUCUUUGCUAGUUAUGCAUUGUGAGCCUUUAAAAAAAAUAGUGAUAUGUAGUUGCUCGGGUGAGAAUUUUAUGUUUAUUGAUCAGAAAUUCCCACUGGAAGGUUACAACAUCCCCUCUCUGUAACAUUGGAGUUUGGUAUUCAUUUCUUCCUUCUCUUUCAUCAACUAAUGUGACGCUAGCACCUGAAGGAUAGAUUUUAUGGAGAGCAUUCGCUUUAGUGCUUGUGAACUGAGCUGGACAACUUAUUCAAAGUAUAAACUGAAAUAUAUGUAAUCUUUUAAACAAUUUAUGUAUACACAGGCUACUAGUCGCACACUAUCCAGAUACAUGUACCAUUUCUUACUAUUUAUUGUCUUUGUACAGUUUUGACUUGUCUGGGGUGGGUACAGAAAUAAUGGGCUAUCAGUAUUAAUUUUGAGUGUAGGCCUUUCAUUGUGAGUGUUAGGUGUAAUGCGAUUUACUUCUGGUCUCAUGCGUAUGUGUCAUUGGCACUUUCUUCAUUUUCCAAACAGGCAUUCCAGAUGGAAAAUACUUUUCCCACAAGUAUGAACUGUGAUUAACCAUGGGGGUUAAAGUAACAUCUGUGAAUGUUCAGCAUUUAUAUUGAAAUUUUAUACAUGUAUUAAUAGAGAAUGUGUUUGUUGUGUUUGUAAAGAAGGAAGCUUUGUGAAAAGGCCGAAUGAUUUGGUCUUCCUAUAUGCUUUAUUCAUGUGUGAUAUCAGUCAUAAUAUGUUUCUUUUAUUUCAAAUUUACCUAAGUAAGAUCAAUCAGAAUUUUGUGUCCAAUGGCUCAAUUAAAUAUUUAGCUGUGACAAGUUUCUUUUUAAAUCAGAUAUACCUAGCUUCACUAUGCAUGAAUGCCUCUAUUGAGAGAGCUGCUCCACCAAUUUGAUGACACCAGUUGGGAAUCUGGCUGGGCUUUGGGUGUGUUGAAAGUGGCAUUGUCUCGUAGAUACAAUCAGGAGACUGACCAAAUUGGUUUGAUCUGUUUUUUGUCAGGUCAGAUCAGCUUGAGGCAGUUAUUUACUUUGAGCAAAGCUUGGAACAAAGCUUUGAUUUUGAUCGAUCAUGGAUGAGUUGACAAUUCUUUUGUGGUCACUGAAGAAAAAAGAAUCAUGGUGCUAUUUCAUGUGAAACCAUUCAGUACACUAAGUUUAUAGUAAUUUGUAAGGAGGUUUUUUACACUGUUUAGAGAAUUUUUUCUCCUUUAGUCUGCUAAAAUCUGUUUAAAAUCAGGGAACUUUACAUUUAGGAGAUUAAGAUAACUUAUUUCCUAUCAAUUUUGGUCUUAUGUUCAACUUAAGACUGAUCAUCCUAUAGUGGGUUUUUAGUCUUAUGUCCCCUCUCCCAAUUGUCCAUUAGAUCUAAAACCUACAUAAAGCCUGAAUGUCCAGCUGUUUAGCAAAUUCUGCAUGGUGAAAGCUGCAAUAGGCAGUAAUUUUAAUUUUAUGUGCCAACAUGGUGUCAUUUCAUUAUGUACUUAAGAAAUCACGUACUUGCGCUACAGCCAUUUUCUUGUGUGUAAUGCUUAGUUUUUUUUAAAGAUGGGUAGCUUUUAGAUUCCAGUAAUUAGUUGUUAUAUUUAUACUGCAGAAAUGUGAGCUAAAGCAGUGUUGCUUUCGAAUCUUGCUUUGGAAAAUUAAGUCCUGUUAAUCCCAUCUUCAGUUUGUUUUUGCUGAAGGUUUUAUUUGUAACAUUUAUUGAAAUUUUAUUGAAAUUCGUGCAAUAUUAAGGAGCUAGACGACUCUGUCUCCUCAAAAUUUUUACUUGUUCUUGUUUUUUUCUCUCUUUUAAGUUUUGUAGAUGGGGAAAAUUAAAGCAGCAUCUCUAUUUCUUCUACUGUUGCUUUUUUUUGUUAGUAAACUUGUUAUAGAAAGGUCUAUUUAUCCUUAGGACAUGAGCAAAGCUCAACAUGUACCAACGAAAAUUAUGUUUUAACCAUUUAUCAGAGUUACUUGUAGCUUAAAAUUUGUAUACCUGAAAUCAAUUUUUCUUGUUUUUAAGAAUAAUUUCUACAAUGUUUGUACCAUUUAUACAAGUAUGUACAAAGUUAUCUAACUUGAUCAUUAAAAUAUGAUGCCAA